UAGUAUCACAACACCCUACAAAUCUUGAGUAGAAUUACAAUCCAUCUUAGUUAGCAAGAUAGAGAUUAGGACUGCAUCUAAAUUAGUGCAUGCGCAACGACAGCCAUAAUGAAAGGCAUUGUGAGCAAAGUGAGGGAACAUGCGAUAAACCCUACCUCUUCCCCUUCCUCCACCUACUAAAGUUGAUGGCAGGUGGAUGCUCCAUCCAUGUGCUCUUCUUUUCUUCCUCUCUCUCUUUGCUCCAAAAGGGGGAUUGCUACUUUGCUUACCUGUGAGUCCCAAGACAACACACACACACACACUCGCGAUCUUAUCUGUUGCGAUGAUUGUCCCCAACAUCACCGAGUCUAUAACUGGACGCGAUCUGAAGCUCUCCUUCUUCCACGCAACCUUUCGAUGGACUGCCACGGAACCCGGUCGGAGGUGGAGCUGGAGCUGGAGCUGGCACACGCUCGCAUCGAGGAGCUGAAAGCCGAGCUGGAGCAGGAGCGCAGAAUGCGGUGCAAGGCGGAGUCGACGAGCAAGGCGCUGGCACGGGAGCUGGCGGAGGAGCGCCGGGCGAGGGAGGCGGCGGAGGGGCUCCGCAGGCGGCUGGAGGAGGAGCUGGCGAGCAGGCAGGAGGAGGUGGAGCGGGUGACGAGGGAGAUCGAGGAGGAGCGGCGGAUGCUGCAGAUCGCGGAGCUGUGGAGGGAGGAGAGGGUGCAGAUUAAGCUCCUAGAGGCGAAGCUGGUGAUGGAGGAGAAGCUGCAGCAGAUGACGACGACUACGACGACGAUGACGACGACGGCAGCCGGGCAAGGCAAGCGAGAGGGGGAGAACAAGGGCGGCGAUCAAAGUCAAAGCGGCCAACAUGGUCAGCAGAGGAGGGAAGUGGAGAACCCACACAUAAGGAGGGGGAUCAAAGGGUUCGUGGAGUUCCCCAAGGUGGGGAGGACGCAGAGGCCUGCGAAGGAAGGGCGAGUGGCACUGGGCGAGUCCAACUUGGAGUGCCAAAGGGCUCAGCUCCGCAUCCUGCUGCGGCAGAGGAAUCAUGGUGGACUCGUCGGCACGUCUCUCCACUUUGUCACAUGAAUCACAUGCCCAACUCGAUGUUAAUUUCCUUUGUCAUGGGUGUCUGCUUGUCUUCUUCUUUUUGCCGAACUGAACUGAGACUUCAUUUAUUUAUGCUCCUAAUCACA